GGUACUAUAAAAGGAGCCCGAUCAUCGCAACACGCCAACAAGUCACUCAAGCUAUCGACGAGACAGUAUCUCCGCUUCUCGAAACAAAAUAUCCAAAGAAACGCCGCCUAAAUUCAACAUGAACUUCAAGUGCACCGUAGCUGUGUUCCUGCUGAUGGUAGUGUUGAUGUUCGCCACGGACUCAACAAACGGAUUCAGAAAACCGCCUUUCAACGGUAGCAUCUUCGGAAAGCGAACAAUUUCUUAUCCGGAAUACGAAAAUCCUGGAAAAACUAUUUACACCAUGUGCGAGAUUGCAUCGGAUGCGUGCCAAAACUGGUUCCCCACAAACGUAGAGAAGAAAUGAAAUGCUCGCACCUCAGCCCAGUAGAAAAUGAAACGUCAACCUGCGACGUUUUAAAUUCAGUAGUCAAAAAUAUGUAGUAGAAUGAACCGUGUUUUUGGAAUUUUUUUUUCUAAUAAAAUGCUUGUCUGAUAUAAAUCACAAAA